AUGGAAGAACCAGGUAAUAGUAAAAACAUCGUCACUCAGUAUGAUGACGCCUUAUUGCUUGAACAAAUUGGCUACAAACAGGAACUGAAACGAAGUUUCAGUUUACUUACUAUGGCCGGUUGGUGUUUUGGCGUUACAUCAUUUUGGACUGCUAUAGGAGGCUCGCUGGUUGAUACUAUGAAUGCAGGUGGUCCCAUUGCCCUCGUUUGGGGAUGGGUCAUUGUGUGUGCCUUUUCAUUAAUGGUGGCUCUAUCAUUGGCAGAGCUGACCAGUGCAUAUCCUGUUGCUGGUGGUCAGUAUUCUUGGGUCCUAAUACUGAGUAGAGGCACAAAAUGGGGAAGAGGACUCUCUUAUGCUACUGCCUUUGUUCAGUUGGCAGGUCUGUUCUCUUUGGGAUCGACUGCUCUCUACCAAUUUGGUUCAUUUACGUGUGGAAUGGCAGUUCUUAACAGUGAUGGUGAGACAUGGCGACCUACAAAUUGGCAAGUUGUUUUGGUUUGUUGGGCCAUCUGUUUUGUUUGCCUACUUAUCAACAUUUUUAUGAAUAAGAUGCUUCACCAUAUCGGUAAUUUCGGCCUUUGGUGGACUAUUGGAGGCUUUGUCGUUUGUACCGUGACAAUUCUAGCAGUGUCAAAGCACAAGCAGGACGCUAGUUUUGUAUUUACAGCGUAUACCAAUAAUAGCGGGUGGAAUGACAAUGGCAUGGCGGCACUUUUCUUGCUGAAUGCUGCUUUUGCAAUGUGUUGUUAUGAUGCAGCUUGCCAUAUGGGAGAAGAAAUGGAUAACGCAAGUAGAGAUACCGCUAGGGCUGUGGUACUUAGUGUCGUAAUUGGAUUUUUUACCGGUUUUGCUUUUAUUUUAGCCCUUUUGUUCUGCCUCCAAGAUUUUGAUGCUGUGGCCAACACUGUAACUGGGGUUCCUUUAUUGGAAAUCUUUUACCAGGCCACCAACAAUAGCAAAGCAGGAGCUACCUGUCUAACAGUCAUUGUCGUAGUUUGCCAAGUUCUUGCAUCCAAUGGUAUGAUUACUGAAGGAUCAAGAUCACUAUAUGCUUUUGCUAGAGAUGAUGCGUUUCCAUAUCAAAUCAGCAAAUAUAUUGGCACAGUAAACUCCAAGUAUGAUGUGCCAAUCUACGCACUUAUCAUCUGUGCUCUAUUCCAAUGUGCGUUUAUCGCCAUCUACUUCGGAUCUAGUACUGCCUUCUUUACAGUCAUGUCGAUCGGCACUGUGGGUCUCUACGUGUCUUACCUUGUGCCCAUUCUUGUGGUAAUGUUUCGACGGAAGCAUAAGGCUGUCGGAUACUAUAAUCUCGGCAAAUGGGGUCAUUGGGUUAACGCUCCAGCUGCCUUGUAUUUGAUUUACUGCUCUGUAUGCUUCUUCUUCCCGACAACAUUGCCCAUCACCGGAGACAACAUGAACUACACACCGGUUGCGUUUGCGAUUUGUGCGAUUCUUGGGUUGCUCUCCUGGUUUCUAGGAGGGCGUCACACAUACGCUACUCAAACUGAAUCGGUGAUCAUAGAAGGUGUCGGUAAUGAACCGGUCGUCGAGAUUGUGGAACAAAAGAAUUAA